UCCUAGACAGCGUGUGCCACAUUUUCUGUUUAAUUUAGUGACAGAGAGAGACUUGUAUCCAUCGAGGAAUCAGAUGUCACAAAGACCCCUGAGAUUGUCAGGUAGGAUUAAAUCCUGAGACUGUGAAACUAUCAUGUCAGCUACAAAUACAAAAACAGAAAGAAAAGACACCCCUCUUCCAAAAGAAGGACAAAAACGUUGGCCAUGGGUGAUCUAGGUGUCUCCACGUUGGACUCCUUGAAGGAGAAGUAUUUGCAGGAGGAUUUGAAUAACAUAGCUCAAGAUAUAAACUGUUUGACCAAAGCCAUCAGCAGCAUAAAAGAGGAAAAUUAUUUCCUAAAUGAAGAGUCCGAUACGGUCGAGAGGGAGAACAAGGGCUUUACUGGUUUCCUGUCCAAGCGAUCGGAGCGAUUGCACGGCGCAGCCAUCUCUCUGAAUGAGUACAACCACAGGAAACUGCAAGAAGUAAAAAGAGAGAAAGAAGAAAUGGUCCAGAAGAUGCAGAUGAAAGAGACGGAUAUGAGGAAUGAACUGAUGGACAAAGAGCACGCGCUUUCUAUAGUGCUUAAAGAACUGGAGGAACUCCAGCCUUAUAAAGACCUGGAAGCAGAGCAAAUGGUCAAAAUUGAGGAGCUGUCCCAGGAGAUAAUAAAGAUGAGGAAGCUUUACAUUGGCAAGGAGAGAGAGGUGAAACAUACAUUUCUUAAAAACAAGGAACGGCUUACCCAGGAGUCCAGAAAGAAGGUUGCCCGGCUGUCCAAAAGAGCAAAGAAACAGGCGAUUCUUUCUCUGCAAGCUCACAUCGGGAAGGUCAAAGAGGAGCAUUUCAAAAUACGAGAUAUAGCGGCAAGACUAUGCCAUCGCAAUAUGCUGCUGUAUGAGCUCAAGUGCAGAUUGCAGAGACACAACCACAAACUUCUCGAUAGUCUGCAAUACCAGGAGCGGCUUUACAAUAUGAGGCACACCGCACUUCACCAGAGGAACACAGGACAAUUUACUGAAGUCGAGGCUGAGAGGGAAGACGUAUUGACGACUGCCAAUGAGAAGGUCAAGUUGAAAAAAGCUUCAACUAUCUAAACCACAACAGCCAUCUAAAGCAACCAUACAAGAAACUGCAAGCCGCUUGUACCUUGAAAGGAUCAAUCCAGAAAUGGGAGGCCUCAAACUCAGGGAAUAAUCAGCCACAGAAUAACAUGAGAUACCCAAAACUAGCAUUGCACAUAUUAUACGGUGGGGCACGUGCUAUAAUGUUUAGAAAAUAAAUCUGGUCAUU